GGACAAUCAGGAAUAUAAUGUCCAGGCCUUUUGAUUUUUGGUACUAUGUUCAUUUUUCGUAAUUAUGCAAACAGCAUUAAUUAUAGUUUCUCUAAUUUGGCCGGAUACCAGUUAACUAAUAAUACAUCGUUAAUACGUAGCUAUCGUGUGUCUUUUGUCUGAACAUCCGGUAUUCGCACGACCUAAACCACAACUGAUCGAUACCAUGUUAUCAUGCGUUGUUGAGUCAGUCUACAUAUUUUUAGACAGUUUGUUUUGUUUUCAACUAGAAAACAGUUCUUCGAUCCUUUGCAUGCAUGUAAGUGAAAAACGUAUUCUGCGCGGGACAAUCAAGAAUGUGGAUAUAGCACCCAAACCCGUCACCAACCGCUUUGGGAUGAAUAGUUUGUACUCACCUAAUGCUGUAGACUAGUGCACGUUGACGUUUGAAUACGGUCGAUCAUCAAGCAUUCAGAAUACAAUCGAUCUGUCACCUUGCCGUACGUAAUUCCCAACAGGUGGUUUAUACUGUAAAAAAUUUCUAUUAUUUUUAUCUACCACGUCCGACAUAAGUUUCGAGCGUUUUUAUUCGCACACGUUUCGCUCAAAUAUAAGAGAUAUCCUUCAUAGUCCCAAAUGAUGGGUUCACCUGUGCGACAGCCGAUGACGACGUCGUCAACGAUUUUGAUACUACUUCUGCUUCUACCAGUAAUGGCCAGCAGCACGAGUACCACGGAAACGUGUCCGAUGAACGUAUACGAACCAGCGCCCGAAGGCUUCCGUCUGAAAGACGACAUUUUGUUGGCCGGAAACCCCGAACAACGAUACUUACCAUCCCAGUAUCGUCGUCGCAUUGACGGCCACGGUUAUGAGGUAUGCUCGUGCAUACAGAAACCGUGUGUGAUCAAAUGCUGUAAGCCGAACAAAUUGUUUAUCGGCAAUAAGUGCUCAAUAUCCAACGAAACGCACGAGGAAUUCGCGGUACCAAAGUUAGUAACCGAAAACGGGACUGUUGAGACAUACGAAAGAGACAAAUUUCAUAUAAUUUAUGGACUACAAAAAUGUAUUGAUAAUGCUUCAAAAUAUCUACUGACAGCAUCAAAUAAUGAUGGAAAUUUCGUGGUUUCCGAAAAUGGGUGGUUAUUCAACGAAUUGGGAUUAGAUAUUGCUGAACCUGGUCAAUUUUGCUUAGAACAAUUUUACGAUUUGGAAUUUCACAUCGCAACCAUGGUGUGUUCAAGGGAAAAUUCAAACAAUGAUAUUAACAUGUAUUAUAUUGUUUCAAUGGCACUUUCACUACCAUUUUUGUUGAUGACGUUCUUGGUAUAUGCACUUAUUAAGAGGUUACGGAAUUUGCAUGGAAAGUCCCUCAUGUGUCACAUAACAUCGCUUUUUGUUGCUUAUUCAAGUUUAAUACUUGUUCAACUUACAAUCGAAACAGCUGACAAUUAUUUUUGUGUUCUAUUAGCGUUUAUUAUUCAGUUCUCUUUUUUAUCAAGUUUUUUUUGGUUAAAUGUAAUGUGUUUUGACUUAUGGUGGACUUUUAGUGAACAUCGGCCAUUGCAAGGACAUUUUAAACAACACGAAUCAAAGAAGUUUAUAAUUUAUUCCAUAUAUGCUUGGGGAUGUACUUCUUUUAUUUCAAUAUUUACAUAUUACAUGCAUCAGGCUUCAUUUUCACAAUCAAAUAAUAAAUUAUAUCCAGGAUUUGGAAAAGAAAGUUGUUGGUUUAGUUCGACUUUAGCCACCGUAAUAUAUUUCUAUGGACCAAUUGCUAUAAUAUUAAUUAGUAAUUUGUUGAUGUUUUUGCACGCUGCGGUGAUGAUUUAUAAAAAAAUAAAGGAUACAAAAAUAUUCAAUCAGUCUGAUUAUAACAAGAAUAUCGAUCAUGAAAAACAAAGAUUCGUACUGUAUUUAAAUUUAUUUCUCGUAAUGGGUGUGAAUUGGUUGGCAGAAGUUAUAUCUUUCGCAUUUGGAGAAAAAUUUGAAGCUUAUAUAUGGUACAUCACCGACUUAGGAAAUGCAUUACAAGGAGUGUUGAUUUUUUUAAUCUUUGUAUGUAAAAAACGUGUCUUUAGAUUGAUAAGCCAACAGUUUUGUCCACGUCUUGAACUUUUUAAAACUACUACUGUGUCAACAAGAAACUUUUAUAAUAGUAGUAUUGUAUCUAAAUCACAAUUUGAUCUAGAGUUAAAUGUAAAGAAUAUAAUUCCAAGUGAAGCAAUUUCGGGCAAUAACCAAAAUUUGACUAAUUUAUAGUAUAAUUCCAAUGUUUUAUGGAUAGGUAAUUGUGUAAUAAAAAGUAUGAAUAAAUAAUAGUUAUAAAAUAUG